AAUGGAAUUUUGAAAAAUGUUUUGUUUGAAUUUGUUAUUGUUGUAUAGAGUUCGUUAAAAAUUUUAAUUUUUUGCAGAUUUAAUCUUGAAUAUAACCCAGAAAACAAGUUCUGCUUCAGUCUAAUCUUAAUACAAAGCUUGGUGACUUCGCUAGCAGCGAAGAAUUCAUCUAAAGACAGGUUGGAAAGCUGGAAAAAUGACGGUGGAAGGCUUGAUUACUUCAACUCCAGGGACUAAUAAAAGACUCUCGUUUAUUCGGAGAGGAUGGGCAGCAGGAAAUAUACCUGAUCAUGUGUUAAAUGAGUCGAAUGACGAAGCGGAAAGAACAGAGAGAAGAAGGUCCGUUCUAAAUCGAUCAUUGGGAGGAAAUGUAACACCUGUCAUAAACAAUUCGUCCAAUGCACUUAGUCAGGAAGAAAUAAAAUCCCAAUUAAAGACAUUUUAUCAGCUUUAUCAAGAUAAUAAAAUUAAUGCUGCUAAUGUGUGGAAUCUUAAAGUAUUCGAUUGCCUAAAGCAGCUUGUAAAAUCUGGCAGUAAUGAUGUAUUAAAUAUUGCCGGAAGUUCUUUAGAAGUCGCUGGAAAAGUUUACGGUAUAAAAGUAGAUAAUUUACACUCAGACGCAUUGAAACUGGCUUCGCAUUGGGCAAGAGUUUUUGCCUCAAAACAAACGGAUGAUGAUAAUAUUGAAGAAAAUACGGAACAAGGUCCGGAUGAAACUGUUCGUCCGAAAAAGAAGAGGCAACCAAAAAAAGGUUAUAAAUUGUGCUCUAACAAAGAACAUGUUUUAUUUCCUGAAGACUCACUACCUGUUGUGCCUGGAAAAAGAAUUCCUAAGAUUGAUUUAGAAGAAUUUUCAAUCCGACCUGAUGCCAAGUUAAGUUCAGUGCAGAAUCUAUUAACCUAUAAACAUUUAAUGAAUAACGUUGGAUUAUGUGGAUCACCAAUGGGCACUGAACAUAUUUGGUAUGGACAUGGCUCCGACGUAACUGUUGAAAAAGAAGACGUCAUAUUUCCUAUAAAUCUUAUGUCAGUUGAUGACCCGAUAUGCUAUGAAAUGAAUUUCAGAUUGGAUGAGUGGUUCCCAGAUGAGACAACUGAGGUUCGCCAAAACCUAGUUAAUACCUUUGAUCCGUUAGUUGUGAACGACAGUGGAAUUCCUAUAGCAGAACUAGACGAAUCCAUUCACGAUGCCUUAAACGAUAUUGGUGGUAGCGAUGCUGAGGAUUUAGUAGAAGAAAAUGCUGUGGAACAAGCGCCUUUGUUUCGCACUGAUUUGCCGUUCGUAGUGAACUUUGUUCCGUCAGAUAGCUCUUUAUCCCUGACAAAUGUUACCAAUAAUUCGGCAUUGUGGCGUCAAAGUAAUUUGUUACCGGGACCCACUCACCAAUGGGCCGGUCCGGAGCACUGGAAGCAUAAAGGCUUAAAAAACAAUCCCUUGAUUUAUACCGGAAAAGAUAACCAAAAAGUAAAACAACAAAGCCAUACGAAAAGAACGGCAAUGAAAAGAGAAUUCGAGCCGUUAGACUUAAAUAAUUUAAAACCUCCAGUAGAUUUUUCAAAUAUGCCACCGCCUAAGAAGUCUAAAACAUGCAUUAAUAUUGAUCCAGCUAAGAUUCGUUUACCAUUAUGUCUACCCGAUCUAAGCUUUAGAGAACUCAUGGAGGACCUUAAUGCUCUGUCAAAUAUUCCUUCCAUACAUGUACGACCAUUUACUGAUAACUUAAACGGUGGCAGUAAUAUUAUGUCGGUUGACAAUACUCAUGACCAUCCUAAUGCUACGGUGCCUGAAAACGACGAGGGUAACCUCGACGAUAAUGACCUGGCUGACGAUUUAUUCGACAAUGUGGAGCCUUUGGAGGACGUUGGGGAGGAGGACAGACCAGAUGCUCAGCAGAAUGCGGUUUCGGAAAUUAUGGCUGAUGACUUCAUUGAUGCUCCUGAACUGGCCGAACAAAUUGAUUUAAAAUAUGCGACUAAAGCAAAGAAAACAAACAUGAAGAAAUUGAAAGCGGAUGUUUGGUGUGUAUUAACUCAACAAGAGGAAUAUGAUGAAGAAGCAGAAGUGGUCGAAACGUUGUUUUGGGAUAUGGCGAAACAAGUGGAGCUUUGCCACGGUACCGAAGAUUCCAGCAUUCCAUUAAUUUUCGUAUCGCUACUUCAUAUCACUAACGAGCAAAAUCUCGUGUUGGAACAAAUUCCGAAUAGCAACGAUUUUAAGAUAUCAGGACCAAAAAAGUCCUUAAGAGGAUAACGACUUUCGUUUAUUUUUUAAUGGGCAUUCAUAAUUCAGCAUGCUUCAUUUUUAAUUUUGUAUCUCCGUGCGUUGUGGUAUAUGAUUUUUGUAAUUCCUUUUAUUGAUCAAUAAAUCUUAUUUCAUAUUU